AUGUCGGGCGAGGACGGCCCGGCGGCGGGCCCGGGGGCGGCGGCGGCGGCGGCGCGCGAGCGGCGGCAGGAGCAGCUGCGGCAGUGGGGCGCGCGGGCGGGCGCCGAGCCGGGCCCCGCGGCGCGGCGCGCCCGCACCGUGCGCUUCGAGCGCGCCGCCGAGUUCCUGGCGGCCUGCGCGGGCGGCGACCUGGACGAGGCGCGCCUGAUGCUGCGCGCGGCGGAGCCCGGCCCCGGCGCCCCCUCGGACCCCGCGGCGCCGCCGCCCGCCCGCGCCGUGCUGGACUCCACCAACGCCGACGGCAUCAGCGCGCUGCACCAGGCCUGCAUCGACGAGAACCUGGAGGUGGUGCGCUUCCUGGUGGAGCAGGGGGCCACCGUGAACCAGGCGGACAAUGAGGGCUGGACGCCCCUGCACGUGGCCGCCUCCUGCGGUUACCUGGACAUCGCCAGGUACCUGCUGAGCCACGGGGCCGACAUUGCCGCCGUCAACAGCGACGGGGACCUGCCCCUGGACCUGGCCGAGUCGGACGCCAUGGAGGGGCUGCUCAAGGCAGAGGUCGCCCGCCGAGGAGUGGACGUGGAGGCGGCCAAGCGGGCCGAGGAGGAGCUGCUGCUGCGGGACACGAGGUGCUGGCUGGACGGGGGCGCCAUGCCCGAGGCCCGGCACCCCCGCACCGGGGCCUCCGCCCUUCACGUGGCCGCCGCCAAGGGCUACAUCGAGGUGAUGAGGCUGCUCCUCCAGGCUGGCUAUGACCCAGAGCUCCGGGACGGUGACGGCUGGACCCCCCUGCACGCUGCAGCCCACUGGGGCGUGGAGGACGCGUGCCGCCUGCUGGCGGAGCACGGCGGGGGCAUGGACUCGCUGACCCACGCGGGGCAGCGGCCCUGUGACCUGGCUGGUGAGGAAGUGCUGAGCCUGUUGGAGGAGCUGGCCCGGAAGCAGGAGGAUCUUCGGAACCAAAAGGAGGCCUCUCAGGGCCGGGGCCAAGAGCCGCAGGUGCCGUCCGGCGGCAAGCACAGAAGGAGCUCCGUGUGCCGGCUGAGCAGCCGGGAGAAGACCUCUCUGCAGGACCUGUCCAAGGAGCGCAGGCCCGGCGCGGCGGGCACGCGCCCCCUGCGGGACGAGGAGGAGGGAGAGGAGGGCCCCACAGAGCCCAGAGCCCUGAACGGAGUGUCCUCGCCCCCGCCCUGCAGCCCCCGGAGCCGCGCGGCUCCCGAGGACGCCCCCUUCUCCCGGCGCUUUGGCCUCCAGAAGACGGAGAGCUCGGGGGCCCUGGGCCCCCCAGAACGGCGGGGCGCCGGGGAAGCCCCCGGGGCCGGGCUGCGGCGCUCGGCCUCCUCCUCGGGGCUGGAGGCGGCGUGCACGCAGGCCAGCGAGCCCCCUCGGGCCAGGGUCGCCCCGACCGCCUCCCGGGCGGAGCCGGAGCCCGCUGCCCUGUCUGAGGUCGCCAAGCCGCCCCCUCCCUCGGAUGACGCCGCUGCCCCCCCCAGGACGCAGGAGCCCGGGGCCGACCCCAGGGACCGGCGGAGGUCCUACCAGAUGCCGGUGCGGGACGAGGAGUCCGAGUCCCAGCGGAAAGCGCGCUCCCGCCUCAUGCGCCAGUCCCGGAGGUCCACGCAGGGCGUGACGCUGACCGACCUGAAGGAGGCCGAGAAGGCGGCGGGAAGGGCCCCGGAGCCCGGGCAGCCGGCCCCGCAGAGCCUGGACCCUUCCCGGAGGCCCCGAGUCCCCGGCCUGGAGAACUCGGAGGGCCCUGCCCAGAGAGCAGAGGAGCCCGACGGGCAGGGGCAGGGGCCCCGGGCGGCCAGGGAGCACCGCAGGGUCGCCAAGGAGCGGCGGGGCCCGGCCGAGGGAGAGGAGGCGGAGCCCACGGACAGCCCCGAGUGCAGCUCCCCUGACGGUGGUCCUGUAGCCCGCAGCCCGCCCCCGCAGCCAGACCUCAGCCUGCCCCCGCAGCCAGCGUCGGAGCCUGGCGAGUCGGACGCGGGCUUUCGGAAGCUGUACGCGGCGCUGCGCAGGGAGAACGAGCGGCUCCGCGAGGCCCUCACCGAGACCACGCUGCGGCUGGCGCAGCUCAAGGUGGAGCUAGAGCGGGCCACGCAGAGACAGGAGCGCUUUGCCGAGAGGCCUGCCCUCGUGGAGCUGGAGAGAUUCGAGCGCAGGGCCCUGGAGCGCAAGGCCGCCGAGCUGGAGGAGGAGCUGAAGGCCCUGUCCGACCUCCGGGCUGACAACCAGCGGCUCAAAGACGAGAACGCGGCGCUGAUCCGCGUCAUCAGCAAGCUCUCCAAGUGACGCGGGAGGACUCGCCACGCCCGUAUUUAUACAGCUGCUUCUGCCACACGCACUGUCCCCGCGUGAGCACGAGUGACAGGGCUCCGGGGACGGAGAAAGCCAUAGCCUCGCCUCGGGACCUGGGGGCUGGACAGGGGUGUCCCUGAGCGGGGCCCCAGCUGGACUCGGGACCAGGAAGGGCGGGGCUCAGUCCUCAGGACCAGAGGGGCUGCCCCGGGGCCCCCACCUCCCGUGUGCCGCACCGGCGCGCCACCCCCAGCAGGGAUCCGGAAUGUGCCAAGAGCCCUGGCCGCGGCCGGGGCUGUAUACGGGGUCCGUGUGCAAUAGGGAGGGCCGUCUUCUAUUUUUGCUGCCCCCUCCCCGCUCUCGCAGGGCAGGGGGAGAAGGUAUUUUCGAGACAAAGCACAGGCACCACAAAUAAAAGUCGUGAAGUUGC